AUGGAUACCAAGUUCAAGGGAGAGUGGUGUGCCUCUGAGAUCAAGAUGGUGAAAUCUCUUGUUGCAAGGGACAACGCCAACAACAAGCACAAUCAAAUUGUGGAUGAGCUCCAGGAAAUGUUCCCUAGAAAGGUGAAGCAUCAGAGUGGCAACCAGCAUGUGGAAGCAAGUAACAACCUCAUGAAUCAACCCAUUGGGGUGUUUGUGGGGGAUCCAUCCAUGGGCAACAUGGAAGCAUUUGAUGGUUAUCAAAAAGUGGAGAUGUUCAGUAUGAGGAAUGUGAAGGAGACUCCCCGGAAGAAGCCCACUCCUCGAAAGGAGAGCCAACACACUAGGAGGUUUUGA